UACACAACUCAAUUAUAAGUUGAGCCAAUUUUGCCAAGUCAAUGUAUGAGCCAAACAAGCAACAAUCAUAAAAAAAACAAAAAUAAAAACACAAUUCGUGAACCAUAAGAAGAAGAGCUGUCUUACGUAGAAGACUAUAAGCCAUAAGGAAAAGUUAGAUGGAAACAGUACUCAAACAUGGAAUUACCCUAAUAAAUUCCAGAGAAAGAAAGCUGGGACCGCACUCAACGCCUUCCUGUCUUCUGCUGACGCCAUCUCACAACACAAUGUCACAAACAGCCAAAAUGUGUACAAAGUACGACUUCGAUUAAUUCUCUCUAUAAAAUGAACACCUUCGUCCCCCAUUUUCUUUCUCAUUUUCGUUUGUUUUCUCUUCUAUCUCCCUAUGGCCACGGACCUCGAAGAACUCCAAGAAUCCGACGUUAUUUUUGCCGAACAAGACCACCAACGUCGCCUCAACAACGACACUCGCUCAAACAACCAAGAAAUGGGGCAUCAGAACAUCAAGUCCAAGAACAGCAAGCCUGAGAAAAGAAUGGGCAAUUACUCGCUCCCCGUCAAUGUCCCCGAUAGAAACAUAUUCCGCCACGCGGUUAGCGAUGACCUUGAAGAGGAAGGCUAUGGCGAGGAAAUGGUACCGCCCCACGUCAUCACAGGGCGUCGAGCCGCAGGAAAAAUGGCGUACUCGGUUUGCAUCGGCAACGGGCGGACCCUCAAGGGCCGGGAUUUAAGUCAAGUUCGGAACUCGAUUCUAAGGAUGACUGGCUUUCUGGAAACAUGACCAGUACUACUGCAAUAUGAGUAUCUGGCCGAGGCUGUUCUUCAUCUUUUUUCUCUUUUUUCCAGAAGAAAGAAAAUAAAAGUGUAAAGGAAAAUAUCCUCAUGCUUAUGUUUGCUUAGGAUUAUCAUUCAUUGUAACGGAAGAAAACCUGGGAUAAGGCCAGAAAUGAAACUUGAUUUUACUUUUUAUGA